GGUGUUUACCUGCAAUGGGCGUGGCUUCGCGGCCCGGUUGUCCCCCCUAGCUGUCAUUUCCUCGGGUGUGCGGACAACAUGGCAGGCUGCGGCUCUGGACAGCUCCCGGGGGCCACACCGGACUCCGACUCAGACUCGGAUAAUGAGGGGCUCCGACCCCUGCUGCAGGUCAUCCACAGCGGGCACUUUAUGGUCUCCUCGCCCCAUAAUGACGAUAGACAUCGGAGGAAAGAAGCAGAGAGCCCGGGCAAUGUCCCAGCGAGCAGCAUUGACCCCACGCUGACCCGAUUAUUCGAGUGUAUGAGCCUGGCAUACAGUGGCAAAUUGGUGUCUCCAAAAUGGAAGAAUUUCAAGGGCUUAAGACUACUGUGGAGAGAUAAGAUCCGUCUGAACAAUGCUAUCUGGAGAGCGUGGUACUUGCAAUAUGUGGAGAAAAGGAAAACACCUGUUUGUGGCUUUGUAACACCUUUGGAUGGAUCAGAAGGAGAUGAUCACCGUAAACCAGAGGCUGUGGUACUGGAGGGAAACUACUGGAAGAGAAGAAUAGAAGUAGUCAUGAAAGAAUAUAACAAGUGGAGGAUUUAUUACAAGAAACGGCUUAAUAAACAUCAUCAGGAUGGAAAGCGCUUUCAAGAAAAAAAGGUUGCCCCCUCCUGGAGAUGUAGUGAAAUGUUUGCCGCAUGCUCUCGAAUAGAAGAAGCUCGGGGGAAGGAAGAUGAUAUGCUGUUUUAUUUGGACUGCUUCUUGACUGAUACUUCUGACACUUUGUUCACCACAACUCAUGGUCAACCCUUUGCUUAUCAAUAUCCAGAUUUUGAUUAUGUUGGGAAUGCAGAUAUGAUACAGCCAGAGCUUGCAACAUUACAGCCUAAUCUGGAUGACUUCAUGGACAUAUCAGAUUUUUUUGGCACGCCGCGUCCUCUUCCUUCUCAGCAGCCUCCUGUAUGUUUCCAGGAACCCCCGUUUUAUAACAGCUUCAAUGAGGGAAUGAACAGCCAACCGCAUUCUGCCAUUGUUUGUAACAGAGCCUUACAGCCCUCCACCUCUUAUAUUCCUCGAUCAGAUCAUUGCUUUCUGAAUACUCCCCUGUCAUCUAAUUAUAACAGUUCUGCAGUAACAUGCUCACUGUCCAACCCUGAGGCCAAACCACUGUCCCAUUAUCCAGAGCCAGACGAUAGAUACACCACUGACUCUUACCCACCUCCUGCAUCUGUCCCCUUGCAAUGUAUCUCCUCAAAUCUUCCGGUGCAAGAUCAGGAUCUGCUGUUUCCACACGUAUCCUGCCCUAAACCUCCAUAUUCUACUGUGACCACUGAAAACACCAUCUUAAAUCAAGCCGCCCCUCCAACUAUACAUGCAGAUGUCUACCCGCUAUACAAUGAGCCUUCAACACAGAUAGAGACCCCCCAUGUGUUCCCCAUGCCAAAAGAUUGUGCAAGAGUUUCAGUCACCAAACCUAGGAGGCAUUCAGCUGAAGGAGCCACAAGAUCUCUCUGUAGUAUCAGUCAACCCUGCAUUUCAGCUUCCAAACCAGACUCAUCUGCACAACUCCUCCCAUCUUGUGGGCCUAAUGGACUAAGUAACACGACAGGCAGUAGGUCAGAAGCUAUGUCUUUUCCUGGCAUUUCUGUGCAAUCCAUUUCAUCUCCCCCCACACAAAGUGGCCUUGGUUUUCCCUCUCCUCCUCCUGCAAUAUUCCUCAGUCCUGUUUUAUGUAGUCCAAGCAACAGUACAGUGUCUGAAACCACAAACAUGACAGGUCCUCCUCUGCUUCCAAAAACUGAAAGACUUUCUCCAUCAUCAGUCUGCAGUGAUGAUCGCAAAGACACGCUGACUGUGCCCUGUGCCCAAAAUUCUCAUACCUGGAAUAAAAGUAACAGCAAAAAGGUUGAAAGCAGACGCAUAACACAUAUCUCUGCCGAACAGAAGAGACGCUGCAAUAUUAAAAUUGGGUUUGACACUCUGCACAGUCUGGUGACAAGUCUGCAUGGACAGCACAGCAACAAGCUUAGUAAGGCGACCACCUUGCACAAGACAGCAGAAUACAUCUGUAAGCUGCAGCAGGAGAGAGCCCAGCUACAGGAAGAAGCCCAACGUCUACGCCACCAAGUACAGGAGCUAAGUGAUAGCAUCAAUCUGUGCCAGCAGCAGCUGCCAGCCUCAGGAGUCCCUGUCACACACCAGCAUUUCCAGCAUAUGCGACAAAUGUUCCAGAAUUAUGUCCAGAGCAGGACGCUGCAGAAUUGGAAGUUUUGGCUGUUUAGCCUCCUUAUCCGUCCAUUGUUUGACUCCUUUAAUCGUAUGGUGUCCACAUCGAGUAUGACUGAUCUCAGGGAGACAGCUAUGGACUGGCUGGACCAACACUGCUCCCUGCCUGCCCUGAGGCCUACGGUAUUGAGCUCUUUGUGCCAGCUCAGCACCUCAACAUCCAUACUGACUGACCCAUCCUUGAUGCCAGAGCAAGCAGUGCAAGCAGUCACCCGAGGAGAGAGCGGAGAUAACUUCUACUAGGGCAGCCAUCCAGACAGGAUAUAUACUGCUGCGGCCUUAAUAGAGAACUCUGACAUAUUCCUGAGAAGUGCCUGACAUCUGAAAAUGCAAUCUGAGCUCUGUGAGCCAGUGUUUCAUGUUCCCUCUUCUUUAUACACCCAGUGUUACCAUUGUUUCGGAUUUUUAUGUCUUCUGUAUUUUCUGUCCAUUUUAUUGUGGAACUGUGUGUUCUUUGUAAACCUCACUUAAACAUUGACAGUGUAUUA